AUGUCGGGUCGACCUGGACUCACGGAGAAGCGUUUGUCGGCCCAUCGCUUUCAACCGCUUCCGGAUUACUCAAAUGAUACUAUAAUGGCCAGUCCACACGAUGUUACGAUCGAUAUUCCCCUGACCAAUGUCCCCAGUCGCAGUCCGACGGGGGCACGGAGGGGGAGUGCGCAGACGGCCACUUCUCCGGCGGCCUAUCACCCUCCCAUUGAGGAUGUUCACACCAACACCAGCGAGAAGGCUGGGUUGGUCGCCGGUACUGGCCCUGGGCGUCGCAAGAGAACCGUUGACGACGCGACGGGCCGUUCCCUCGAGGACCCUGAGGAUGGCACCCUCACGCGGAUGGGGAGAAUUUACCAGGCCAUCCUCAACUUCUCCAUCGUUACCAGGUACAUCAUUUAUGUCACGCCGCUCGCGCUCUUGAUUGCCAUUCCUAUCAUUGUGGGAGCCACGGCCGCGCAGGAUGCGAGAAUUGGCGGCGUGACGCUGCCUUGGUUCUUUGCCUGGAUUGAGGUUGUCUGGUUGAGUUUGUGGAUUUGCAAGAUUGUCGCCCAUUUUCUUCCGUAUCUGUUUCAGUUCCUCUGUGGAAUCGUCAGCCCGGGGACUCGCAAGUAUGCUCUCAUCCUUCGCGCACUGGAACUUCCCAUUGCGACGGUCUUCUGGACCAUUGUCUCGUUGGUGACUUUCCUUCCAAUCAUGACAUAUAACCCCGAGAAGAAGCGGACAGGCGAUACUUCCACGAAGGCCUGGGAGAAAUCCGUCAAGAAUAUCCUGUUCGCCUUGUUUGUCUGUAGCUUGAUUCUGCUGUCGGAGAAAUUCCUGGUCCAGCUCAUCUCCAUCAGCUACCACCGAAAGCAAUUAGACUCGAAGAUCAAGGAGUCAAAGCGGAACAUUGAACUCAUCGGUCAGCUCUACGACGCGUCCCGCAACAUGUUCCCCAUGUACUGCAAGGAGUUUCGCGAGGACGAUAUGAUUAUUUCCGAUUCGCUCUUGGGUGCAGCAACCGCGAAAGGACCCAUCCAUGCGCGCUCCAGCUCCUCGAUCCCUCUCAAGCUGAUUCGGAAUGUCGGUCAUAACGUUGGCCGAUUUGGAGACAGAGUUACUGCAGCCUUUGGAGGUGUCGCCCACGAAAUCACCGGCAAAGAAGUGUUCAAUCCCACUUCGGUGCGUGGUAUUGUAACUCAGGCACUGGAGCGCCGGAAGGCCGCCGAAGCUCUGGCACGGAGAAUCUGGAUGUCUUUUGUCGUUGAGGGCAGGGAUGCCCUAUACCCCGACGACAUCAUCGAGGUCUUGGGAGCCGGCAAAGAGAUCAUCGCCGAGGAAUGUUUUCAUAUGCUCGACCGAGACGGCAACGGUGAUAUCAGUCUGGACGAGAUGGUUCUGGUUAUCGGGGAAAUCGGACGCAACCGAAAGGCCCUGAACAACAGCAUGUACGAUGUCGACCAGGCCAUUCAUGUGCUGGACAACUUGCUGCUGACCGUCGCCGGUAUCAUCGCGGUGCUAGUCUUCAUUUCGUUUGUGACAAGCGGUUUCGGCACCGUCAUCGCGGCCGGCGCCACAUCCCUCCUGUCUCUCAGUUUCGUUUUCUCGACCACCGCCCAGGAAGUACUGGGCUCGUGCAUCUUCCUGUUCGUCAAGCACCCCUUUGACAUUGGCGACCGGGUCGAGAUUAGCGACAAGCCCUACAUCGUCGAGCGCAUUUCGCUUCUGUAUACCGUCUUCAAAUCGGUGACCGAUCAGCGCGUUACUCAGGUGCCCAACGUUGUCCUCAACACUCUCUGGGUGGACAACUUCACGCGUUCCAACGCUAUGCACGAAACACUCAAGAUUCCCGUCAGCUUCGACACUACCUUUGCCGACAUCCAAGUCCUCCGCGAUGAGAUGGAGAGAUUUGUCCGCGACAAGGAGAAUUACCGUGAUUUCCAGCCGGAUAUCGACCUUGAUGUGGUUGGUGUCGGCGACAUGGACAAGCUUGAGCUGACCGUCAGCAUCCGCCACAAAUCCAACUGGUCUAACGAGUCGAUCCGCGCCAUGCGUCGCUCGAAAUUCAUGUGUGCCUUGGUUACCGCGGUGCGCAAGAUUCCCAUCCGCGCCCCUGGUGCUGCCGCGGAGGACGCCGCAGACGAUAGCGAGAACAAGGACGAUAAGCCCGACGCCGAGAACGCAGAGCAGAACAAUAUCACGCGAACCGCAUCCGGCCAGCGGCGCGCAGCAGCGGCCGGAAUGGCCAUGGAUGCCGCCGCCCAGGAACAGGCUCGAUCAACCGGUUUCAACGCCAGUCAGUCAUCCGGCACGUUACAACGCCGCGGCGGCUCUUCGUCUACCGACUCGGUCUACCCGGAACGCUCUAACAGUCGCACCCCGAACGAAGGAGACACCUACCAGACCCCCGCCGCCUCGCCGGAUCAGAACCGCCAACUCAGCGUCAACUACGGCAAUCUCGCCCGUGAACCAUCCACCGGCCGCCGCAAGGCAGGCACCAGCCCCAACGAGCAGCACCCCACCCAGACUGCCCCCGCGGCAGGCGGAGUCCCCAUCAUCGCGGAGCCCGUGCCCCCUCUUCCUCGCCAGCAGCCGCCGGCGGUCUCUACUUCACAGGGGAUGGGACACUCUGAGUAUCCCACGUAUUCCAGCCUGUCAAACUACGGAGGUAGUUUCUACGGAUCUCAGAGCCAGGAGACGGCUUACGAUCCAGAGCAGCCGCUCGAGCUCCCGUCGGCGAUAGAGCAAUCCGACUCGGAUUCGUUCAGAAGGUUCCCGGGUCCGUCGGGGGCGCAGCAGCGCUACCCGGAUGACCAUGCUAGAAAUUGGAAUCAGUCUCGUCCACCGUAUGGGGGUCAAUAG